AUGAUUGCCGUUGGAAUCUUCCAGCCCUACUCUUUUUUCUCUAGAGUGGGCCGCAUGAUGUCUACAAGGCUCAGACAUCUUAUCAGCAGCAUCAUAGGAUUCUUACAUUCCUCAAUCAUCAUAUGUGGAGGCUUGGGUUACCUCUUGUCACCUUUAUCUGGAUCUAUGUGGUGGUGA